AUGAAAAAAUACAAGCCCUUGGGCUCGGCAGAUUCUAACUACUCGCAGCCAUCCUCGGAACUGUCGCUGGACGAAGACAAAGAGACUCUGCGCCGAGAGAAGGAAGCGCAGGCUCUCUUACAGCUGGAUAAGGCCCGGUCAAAACCUGUGGCGUUUGCGGUGCGUACGAACGUCGCGUACGAUGGCACCUUGGACGACGACUCGCCCGUUCACGGCAGCGCCAUAUCCUUCGAAGUGCGGGAAUUUCUCCACAUCAAGGAGAAGUACGACAACAACUGGUGGAUCGGGCGUCUCGUGAAGGAGGGUUGCGACGUCGGCUUCAUACCCUCACCCGUGAAGUUGGAGGCAGUUCGAUCGGGGCUGACAACGCGCCGCUACCAACGCCCGCCCUCCACCGGGCCCCAACCCCUCCCCAGCCGAGGUGAAGAUUCAGAUUCAGCCGGGCGAGGGCGCGGUGCCGGCGCUUUGCCUGCUAGUAAAGAAACGAAACGGAAACCCUUCUUUAAGAAACAGGAAGCCGGUUCACCCUACGAUGUGGUACCUUCAAUGCGCCCCGUCGUACUGGUCGGCCCUUCACUUAAGGGUUAUGAGGUCACGGAUAUGAUGCAAAAGGCAUUGUUCGACUUUCUAAAAAGACGGUUUGAGGGAAGGAUAAUAAUAACGCGUGUGAUGGCGGACAUAUCGAUAGCGAAGCGGUCGAUACUGAACAACGCUUCGAAGCGAGCGAUCGUGGAGCGCUCCAACUCGCGUUCCACUUGCCUCGUGGAAGUACAGACGGAGAUCGAGCGAAUAUUCGAACUCGCGCGGACACUACAGCUGGUGGUGCUGGACUGCGAUACGAUCAACCACCCGUCACAGCUCGUCAAAACUUCGUUAGCCCCCACCAUCGUGUACUUAAAAAUAUCCAGUCCUAAGGUACUUCAACGGUUAAUAAAGUCACGUGGGAAAGGACAGAGCAAGAACCUUUCAGUACAAAUGGUGGCGGCUGAGAAAUUGGCGCAAUGUCCGCCGGAGAUGUUUGAUUUGAUCUUGGACGAAAACCAACUGGAAGAAGCUUGCGAGCGUAUUGCUGAAUUUUUAGAGGGUUACUGGGCGGCCACGCACCCGCCGCCCGCGGCGCCGAGCGCGCGCCCGCACGCCGCGCUGCCGCACUCGCACUCGCACCAGCAGCAGCACCACGCGCAGCCUGGUUUCACGAGUCGAAGCCAAAGGCUGACUGAGUUCGUCUCAGGACAUCGCGAGAGGUCCGAUUCUUACAGCUACGAGCGAGGGAGAGGUAGAGCACGAGCGAGACCAGAUAGACUGGAAGAGGAGGAGUACUAUCCGCGCGAGUAUCAACGCUACCCGCGCGAUUAUCCGCGCGACUACGAGGGCUACGCUCACGAGUACUCGCACGACCCGUACGAGCGUGAGGCGUACGGCCAUGACUACACGCGCGACUACGGCCGGGAGUACGCGCGGGAGGCCUACCCGCCGCGCGAGGAGCGCCGCCCGCGCGACCGCGACGCCUCCGACGACUAUGGCUCUUCCCGUCGCGCGCUCAACGCCGUG